GGAGCUGUCUAUAUCUACCAUAGUGAAACACCGAGCGAAGUUAGAAAAAGAACGUUGGGUUACUUAACGUAAUCCCUGGUUCUUUGAUAACAGAGUGAGGUGUUUCACCAGCACUUCCCUCCUUGCACUUGGACGGGAAGAAAUCUCGUUAAUGAUGUAGACAGGGGUCGACCUGGCUGAUAUAGGCAAGGCGGAGUCUGGUUGCAGGUUGACCUGUCUGUCAAAGACAGACAUGGUGUCAUAAGAGCUUCCGUAGUUGAAACAUUUCCCAUAGUUGAAACACUUCCCAUAGUGAAACACCUCACUCUGUUAUCAAAGAACCGGGGAUUAUGUUAAGUAACCCAACGUUUUAUAGACUUUGGAGAAUUGUUGACUUCUGGAAGGAAAUUAAACUCCUGCUUUCUGAGUUAGUUACUUAGUUUAUUUUGUUACCCAAGCUUGUACUUGUUCCUGGGGAUUACACUUGGGUCUUAGGGGAUUAUCUAAGACAGAUAAAAGUGGCCAUCCUUGACUUGCUAAUCCUGCCUUCUGUCAGAAAGCAGCCUGCUGUUUCAGGCUGAGUGCAGAGGACAUAACAGAGGCACAUACACUUACCUGUACUUAUUCUGACUUUUUUCACUUUUUUGAGUACUUUCCAUGGUCUAUUGCAUACAAAAAUAUAUAAGAAAUGGACAAAACAUCUAUCCAUCCUGGAGUCAAAAAAACUAUUCUCCAUGGUGGGCAGGGACGUCUACCUCAAUUUCCAAAUGGUACUAAGCUGGUGUUCUAUUUCAAGACACUACUGGACAAUUUUGAAAGGACAGUUAUAGACGACAGUCACAAAAAUAAGCAGCCAACAGAAAUUUUUGUGGGAAAAAUGUUCAAGAUGGAAGUCUGGGAGGUGCUAUUAACCUCCAUGAGGGUUGGCGAGGUGGCACAGUUUUGGUGUGAUGCUAGUCACACAGGUCUCUAUCCCAUUGUUGCCAAAGGGAUACGUUUGGCUGCACAGGGCAAAGACCCACUGGAAGGCCAAAAGCACAUGUGUGGUGUGGGUAAUGUGUUCACCUACCAUUCCACAGGCUUUCCUGAGCUCGAUGAACUGCUAAGAGAACCACAGCCUUUAAUCUUCAUCAUGGAGCUAAUCUCGGUAGGUGAGCCAUUCUCUUACCUUCAUGAGUCUUGGCUCAUGGAGAAAGAUGAGAAGAUGCAGCUUGUGCCCACCCUUCACCAUGAAGGUAACACACUUGUCAAGAAGAACUGUUACCGUGAAGCAUCUGAGAAAUACAAGGAGGCCGUGUUGCUGUUACGCACCAUCCAGUCAAGGGAGAUGCCAGGAGAUGAGGACUAUAUUAAGCUGAGCAAGCUUAUUAUGCCUCUGGUUCUCAAUUACUGCCAGUGCAUGCUAGAGCUUGAGGAAUACUAUGAAGUAAUAGAGCAUACCACAGAACUUAUUGAGAAGCAUAAAGACAGUGUAAAGGCUUACUAUAAGCGAGCCAAAGCUUAUGCUGCUGUCUGGAGUGAGAAGGAAGCUAAACGGGACUUCCUGAUGGUGGCCAAAUUGGACAUGACUCUGGUUAGGCUAGUUCAGAAAGAACUGAAACUUCUCUCAGAAACAAUAAAGGAAAAACACUGGGAGGACAAAGAGAAAUACUGGAACAUAUUUGAGAAGAAAAUCAGUGAUGAUGAGAAGAUGACUGAAGAAAAAAAAAAAGGAUGUGCAGCAAUGCAAGAUGAAAACUUGCAUUUUUUUCAGCCAAUGGUCCAAGAGGAGCAGGAACAUGACACAAAAUUGAAAGAGACAAAAAUCGAUCAGCAAACUGCUGCUCCAGUUGCAGGCAUGGAUCGGCAGCAGUUGUUACGGCUGAUUAUGCUGCUCCAGGAUGAAGGGAGUUUCUACAUUAAAAAGCAGCAUUUCACUGAUGCCAUGGUUAAAUUUAGAAAUGCCCUGGAGUAUGUAGACUAUCUUCAAACCAAGGAGAUAGACUAUAAAGGAGAGGACUGGGAAUCUCUGGAGAAAGUGCGUCUACCACUCACCCUUAACCUGAGCCAAUGCCUGUUUGAACUUGGGGAAUACCAAGAGGUGGUCAAACUCAAUACCCAACUACUAAAAAAUCACAGAGAUAAUAUAAAAGCCAUCUAUCAACGUGCUCGUGCCUAUUCAGCCUUGUGCGACAAAGAAAAAGCAAGACAGGAUUUCUUCAGGGCAGAACAUCUUGAACUUAAGCUCAAACCCAUUGUCAAGCAGGAACUGAAAAAACUAUGUGAGAAUCUCCAGGCAAAACAUUUAAGUGAGAGCAAGAACUACUGGGUCAGCAGCCAAGGAGAAGUGGGAACAGAAAGCACAGACCAAUCGAGGCAACAGGAAGGAGCUGAAAUUGGCAGACAAGAGAAAAGCCACUAGAGAGAGCUAUGAAGAAGGAAAAGAAACUUAGGCAUCUUUAGUGAAGAGGAGAUUUCAGACAGCCAAGCAGGCAAUGAAGAUGAUAUAAAAUCAGCCAGAAGAAGAAUGGGGAGGAAAACAAACAGAACAAGACCGAAUACAAUUAGUAAGAUCAAGAAGGACUCUCAUUGGACACAGUGAUUAUUCUGAAUGUGGUGAGACCAAGAACAAUAGACAAUACAAAAAGAAUACAAAGAGAAACAAUAUCAAAAAACUGUCCAAAAAUAUGCAUCCUCUACAGACAAAGUGUAAUCUGUAAAACCUGUGUCCAGAAAUUCUAAACACAAACCAAAAAGAAAAACAUAUAUUCUCAUUCAUACAAGAAACACAGAAGACAUGGUAUAAAAAUACAAAUUUAUUUCUCUGUAUACAAUCAGUAGAAAGCAGCUAGUCAUUUCUUAAACGCUUUUCACAAACAGUAUUGUAUAAAUUAAUGUGAGUGGGAACUGGGUAGAGAAUAUUAUGCAAUAAUAAAGUAAUAAUC